AUGCUCCUCGCGCUCGUCAGGGCUGCCGCAGACAACCGCGCCAGGCCGUGCCUGCUCCGGCCGACCGCCCCCGCUCCUGCCCGCUGCUGCCGAUUCCACCUACUGCAACCGCCGCGACCGCCGGUGCUUCCCCAUGCGCCGCUCGCCGCCGCAGCCCCGCCUCCGCCCGCCGUCGCCACCUUCGCGCCUCCCCAGGGCCCCGGCCUGCUGCUCCUGGCCGCAACUGCCGAGCGCCGGUGCGCACGCAGGCGUGCGUGCCUUGCGAGGCCCUCUCUAGGUAGAGCCGUAGUCCUGCCGUCCUCUUCGUCUUGCUCCGGCCGCGCCUGGGGCCGCUCCUCCCCUGCUCCUGCCUACUGCGCUGUUGUUGCUUCGCAACACGCGCUUGCCCGCCCGAGUCUGUCGCUCCCCUCGCCCGCGGCCAUGCUCUGCCUCGCCCCGCUCACCCCGCUCCGGCGCCCGCCCGCGCAGUCACGCGCGCCGCCGCUGCCUGCCAGUCGCCGGCAUACGCCCGAUGCUCCUCGCGCUCGUCAGGGCCGCCGUAGACAACCACGCCAGGCCGUGCCUGCUCCGGCCGACCGCCCCCGCUCCUGCCCGCUGCUGCCAAUUCCGCCUACUGCAACCGCCGCGACAGCCGGUGCUUCCCCACGCGCCGCUCGCCGCCGGAGACCCGCCUCCGCCCGCCGUCGCCACCUUCGCGCCUCCCCAGGGCCCCGGUCUACUGCUCCUGGCCGCAACCGCCGAGCGCCGGUGCGCACGCAGGUGUGCGUGCCUUGCGAGGCCCUCUGUAAUGGAGGCCGGUCCCUUGUGGAUUAG